UUUUUGUUUUUGUUAAUGGUUUUUAAACCACACCUUUUGGGAAGGAAACAGCCCACAAACUCGUUUGGCUGCAAUCUGCACCGUCAAAAGAAUCUGACCAAAGCGCACUGGGACAGAAAGGAUUACCCGAGCCGCGGCGAGAAGAGCAGUGAGGUGUCCCGAACAGUGAACGACUCAGUGAUGGAACUGUUGCCCCAGUUUGUGCUGCUCUGCGCGUUGUGUGGCGCUGGCUAUGGAGCAGACGAGGCCGAUUUUGUUCCUGAAAUAUUUAAGGAUAAUGUCAUAGGAGGAGUGAGCCAGACCACAUUUGCACUUCAACAGCCACAGUGUGUGUUUGAUAGAUUUCAACCUGCCUGCACCCUCUGUGAAAUUUGGUUGGUCGUGGAUAACCCAGCAAAUGUUUCAACUUUUGAUACCAACAUGAAUACCCUGACUCCCUCUGCAGCCAAGUAUACAGAUUUUAUGUUGAAUGGUUUUUAUCUCACCGUUAAGACAGCGAGGAGUGAUUACGCAUGUCCGCAAACCAUGGGCCAAGUGUACACCUUGCGAGUGGGGGAUGAGGAUCCUUGCACAACCCCCAACUGCAACGCACCCUUAAAUGCUGGCUCGUUGGUCAGAGUGCGAUAUGUGAUGAUUAAUCCACUUGCAACUACUAACAACGUUAUUGCAGUAACAAAAUGGUCCAACCCCAUCCAACUCGAGAAUGCCGUCGAUCCAAAUAUCAUUGACACCUCUACACGUCGGAGUGGAGCGAUGGUCGUAAUAACCACAAUACUCUCUAUUCUGCUGUUCUUGCUGCUGGUGCUGUUUAUAGUCAUGCUCGCUUUGUCUUGUUGUAAUAAAACAGGUAGCUACCCUGGUCCGCUGAGCUCAAUGGGCUCUCUCCGCGUGUACAACACUCACAGCUUGAAAACUCCGCAAAACCAGUACAAGCAGCAAUUGUAAGGUAAUGUGAGCGACUACACAUCCAUGAAUCCCGCAGCAGCCUUCUCCUGCGAACCUCCUCCAUCAUCUGACUUCACAGCGAAAUAUCCCAAAGCACUCAGUGGAGUUUGUGUUUGGAACAAUGAAGUGUACUUAUGCUGACGAUCCAGACAUGUAGUGCGGAUAAUUCCAUGUUCAUUUUUUCUCCCUUUUAGACACCACAGGUCUCCUUUCUGAAUGUAAAAAAAAUGCAUGCAUAGUGACAGAAAUGUUUUUAUACUUGUUAUUGUGAAAUGAUUGUUUUGAGCUCCUCUCAGCUGUUCACCCCAUCGCUCCCUGACAUUUUGGCCAUUGACACCAAGGGGAAACUAUUCGAUCAUUGUCUUAGCAUUCAAAUGAAUCCCCAUAUUGUACCCAACUGUUUAGAAGACUUUGACUGAUGCUUUUGACUGAUCCAACAUUUUUUCACAGAGCACUAUAGCUGCUGUUCAAUUUUUGGCCUUAUCUGCAUGCUCUGCUUUUCAUUAUCCAAAGAGUUGGCGAGUAGGCCUUGGCCUGAAAAGGGGUCUCGACUCGAAACGUCACGCAUUCCUUCUCUCCGGAGAUGCUGCCUGCCCCGCUGAAUUGCUCCAGCAUUUUGUGUCUAUCUUCGGUGUAAACCAGCAUCUGCAGUUCCUUCCUACACAUGAGUACGCCAAUAUGUUGCUCGUUAAUCUGAGCGUAAGGCUUUCACUUCUUUCAGCAGUGUCGUCUGCCUCAUUGUGACAAGGAAAGGGUUCAGUUUGAUUGGGUUUUCCUUGAACAAUUGUGCUCGCAGCAUUCCGUGCAUAAAACUUUGACUCUCCUUUUGCUGCCCAUUCUCUCCCAACUUUAUUAAAUGUUUUCUAAACAGUUACAGUGCCCCUUCACUAUCAGACUUUUUUGUAACAGUUGAGCUCAAUAGGCACCUCAGUCAGUCUCUUCCUGUAGCUUCCCAAUGCAUCUGAUGAUGGUGUCCCUACUGAAAUGGGAGCUCAGAAGUCUCUGGUGCACAUUGCUCCCACAAGCACACACAGCUCUGUGCUAAAGUGGAAAAUUGACCAUAUGCCUAAACUUCUGAAUUGGAGAUUUUUGAACAUUUUAAUUUUAUUUUUUGCACUCCAAACAAGGCACUGCUAGAUAAAGAAGUGAUUUAAGACUGAAUGGACAUUGUGGAGUUUUGUUUGAAGAGCAUUAGGUUGGGAAGAAGGCCAGAGUGAAACGUGUGUCAGGAGAGUACUGUUUCUCAGUUCAGAGCAUCGCCCUUGGUGUCUGAUGUCAAUAAACCCGUGAAUGGUGCUGUGAAGUGACAUGGAGCGUGAACUCCCAAAGGUGUAUGUUUCUAGCAUGAGCAUAUUAUUAGUGUGAUAGCAUCUCUAUCUGAACCUUUACAGUUAGACCUUGAUGCAGGUUGAUGCCUUCCGAAAUUCUCAGCACAAUUACGAUUGAAUUUUCCAAAGUGUUCUAAAUAUGAAACACCCAGCAACCUGAGUUCCCGAAAACACUUUAUUGUACGUGUGUGUGACAUAUGCAGGGAAGUCAGUCUCUGCUGCUGCUGACAUGUGAGUGCUCAGUUCUUCCUUGAGACGUCUGCAAUUUUAACACACACCUAUGUAGGGUGGCACGGUGGCGCAGCGGUAGAGUCGCUACCUUACAGUGCUUGAAUCACCAGAGACCCAGGUUCGAUCCCUACUACAGGUGGUGUCAGUCCAGGGACGUACAGAUUUGUAGAUUAAUUAGCUUGGUAUAAAUGUAAUUUGUCCCUAGUGUGAGAGAAAACAAGAGCUCCAUGUCGAAGGGUCUGUUUCCGUGCUGUAACUCUAAACUAAAACUAAACUCUCAGGUAAGCUUGCACAAUACAUCACCAAUGGAAGAUAUUAGUCAGAUAUGUGGUAGGUUGAUGCAUCAAGUAAUUUUAUAAAACAACGUUUCUUCAACAUAAUAUGUUAUGGAAUACUUGUUUAUAUUGUACUUCUUCUUGUCCGUUCUGAAUGCUGUGGGGAUUAUUAUAUAUGUAAAAUGUAAACUUAUUCCUACUAUAAAUAAUAAAAGGACAUUAAAAUUAUUGGUGUGUGUUAACUUUUAACUAUAACGAAGAAGAUGAUAGGAAAUAUUCUGCACUGUCUUUGGCAAUUGUAAAUCUGCUCAUCAUUUUACAUUUUUGUAAUAAUUUGCAUGAUUUAAGGGAGUGGAAUUGAGAAAUUAUUUGUACCACAACCGUACAAUCCCCUGGGGUCCUUUUUCCAUUCUCAUUGUUCGGGUAAUGUUGAAAUAACCCAGAUGAACCGGUUGGACAUAUUGCUGGGGCAGUCAUCAUUUGGCCUUUUAUCAUCAACCACUCCCAUCUGACUCAUGAUCCACCUGCUAAUCAACCCAAUUGCAACAGAAUAAUUGCUUUGUUAUAUAACUACAUAAUUUUGAAUGUCAGCCUACCAACCAUGUUCCUUGUACACUUAAUUGAAUAAAGGAAUUCAAACAGUA